UUCAUUCGUUCAAUCAGUCUGCUCGCGACCGUCGUGAUAAGUGGUAUACUCUUUUGUUCUCCGCGUAACGCGUUUCGGUGUGAUUUGUGUUUUGUUUAGUGGUGCACGAUGGCUUACAACGGUAGUGGUGGCAAAAGACUGUGUACGGCGACCGACAUCGACGUUGAACGGAGUAAUGGGAACAAUUAUAUGGCUGGUGAGCCGCGUCGCAAGCGCGAACUGCCCGCGCGACCCAACCACAUCUUACUGUAUACCAUCAUCAACCCGGCCUACCCCAUCACUGUGGAUGUUAUACACACAAUCAGCACACCACAUGGUCAAGUGCAGAGGAUCGUGGUCUUCAAGAAGAACGGUGUUCAAGCUAUGGUUGAAUUCGAAAGCGUCGAGUCUGCGACAAGAGCGAAAGAGGCGUUACACGGCUGCGACAUAUACUCUGGAUGCUGCACAUUGAAAAUUGAAUUCGCUAAGCCUGAAAGAUUGAACGUGUUCAAAAAUGACCAAGACAGCUGGGACUACACGUUGUCUGAAGAUGUGCCGGUACAAAGAAGCGCUCCGCUGCUGCAAUCGCCUCAAUACACCGGGGGAAGACCACAGCCUUACAAUCCCAGCAGCUCAUCGACCCAAGCCACCACAAGAACUUGCAGCGACGACACAUGCAGUCAGCACAGCCAGCAUUCGUGCGAUCACUCCCAAAAUGAUAUGGACUACGGCAGCGGCGGGCCACCGCCCCCCGGGAUGAUGAAGGACAGGCACGGACCGCCCCCGCCACAUCACCCGCGCGACGGGCGUGGCUACGGGCCCGAAGGUUACGGUGGCGAGGGGUUCGUGCCGCCGCCGCCUAUGCACCAUCCCCCCAUGCCGACACAGAAUCAAGGUGGUCCGCCACAACAAGGCGCAGUGAUGAUGGUUUACGGACUGGACCCACAAACGGCCAACGCCGACCGGCUCUUCAACCUGUGCUGCCUCUAUGGAAACGUCGUUAGAAUAAAGUUCCUGAAGACAAAAGAGGGUACGGCGAUGGUCCAGAUGGGUGACGGUUUGUCAGUGGAGCGCUGCGUCCAGAACCUGAACAACGUCACUGUCGGCGACUACACACUCACACUCGCGUUUUCGAAACAAGCAUACCUGUCCGAGGUGAUGAACCCGUACCCGCUUCCCGACAAGAGUCCGUCGUUCAAGGACUACGUGGGCAAUAAGAACAACCGGUUCCUCACGCCGGCGUCCAUCCACAAGAACAGAAUACAGCCGCCGUCCAAGGUGCUGCACUUCUUCAACACGCCCCCGGACGUGUCUGACGAGCAGCUCCUGCAGGUGUUCAAGGACUACGGCGUUACGCCGCCCCACACCAUCUCCAAGUUCCCUCUCAAGAGUGAGAGGUCAUCGUCCGGUCUAAUGGAGUUCCAGAAUAUAUCGCAGUCCGUGAUGGCGAUCAUGGCGUGCAACCACGCCACCAUACAACACCCUGGUGCGAAAUUCCCAUUCGUAAUGAAGCUGUGCUUCUCGUCGUCGCGGCAGAUCGGGCAGGCCAAGGGCCCGCAGAAGAGCUACGACCAGAAUAAGCAGGAGAGCGGCCAACGGCAGCCGCAGAACAACGGCAUGGCCGAACACGAGUACUACUAACGGCGAUGCGGCGGUCACCACACACUCACACAUAUCAAGACGGACGGCAACACACUGACACACACAGGCACACCACUACGAGUGCGGGGGGACUGGGGUUGCCAUUGCUAACUACAAAUAUUACCCCACAGAUCAAAUAAACUGUUCAUCAUUUACCGACUUCACAGAAGCAGGUUGAUUGUUUUGUUCGAAUGCAUAAGUACACCGAUAUCUCUGAUAUAUCUGGACCUAUUCAGGAUAGUCCUAUAUACUAUAUAUAUAUAUAUAUAUUUUUUUUUUUUUAAUUGAAGUCGACCGUUCUGUGUGAAAAUUACGCUCUUAUCAACUCUUAACUUAUAAGUUACGGGUAAAUAUUUCCGAAGGGUAAAUUUUUGGCAAUGGCAUCUUAAUUAUUCCUUAUUUAUACAUUUUGUGAUCUAGAUCACUCUUAUAAAGACAUUAACAGUUAGUUUUCUUAAUCUAAUUAUAGAUAGACAGAGUAACAAUUUUCAUGUUAUAACACAUUAUUACAUUUCCAUUAUGAUUUCUUUGUUUUUUUUUAUUACUUUUUUUAUUUUGGGGCCAUACCCCGUGAAUGCGAUAUGCAUUUUGGUUUCCGACUAGCGUUUUAGGUACUGUUUAAGUAAUAUUCCCAUACUAUUUCAGUUGUAAUGUUAGUAUUUAGUUUUAUAUUAUUCUCAGUGCCAUUUUCAAACACUCUUCAAUAUAAAUUUAAUUAUUCAUUUGAAUUUUUAACGACAUUUUUUAAUAUUGUUACUAAAUGUAUUAAAUUGCUUACUAGUGAUUAUUGGAGUUUUGAGGAUGGUACUAUAUUAUUUGUUUUUAGUGAUUUUUUUUUAGUAAAUCGAUAUUAGUUUGUGAGUUUGUUGUGUUAAGAUUAAGGAAGUUAGGAGUUUUCGUUUUUCCCCUUCUUCCUGUGGGUGCGUUCACACGAGUGCACUCAAAUCUGUGUGCGCGUCGCUACACGAGUCUAUUUCCAACUCGGUUGUUUUGUAAAAUUGACAGUUGUGAAAUGUACAAGUGAAUAAAGUAACUGUGGUAUAAGGUAGAUGAUUUGAGUUUCAUUUUUAUUUGAUAUCUUAAAACGCUUGCAGUGUGCAUGUUUCUACGUAAUAAUAGUUUUGCAUGAAUUUUUUCCAAACGUAAAAAUAGCUGGCAACAUUGUUUGUUUGACCAUUUUACAUAUUGUGUAAGAACCAAAAAAAAAAAAAAAAAUCUAAAUAUAAGAAAUAGUUUAGCACUCUUAGUCUAGUAGUAAGCGUCAUUGCAAGUCAAUUAUAUUGGAUUAGUGAAGAAUUAUGACACUACGGAUUUUCUAUAAAUUUUUCUUAAAAGUAAAAACAAAAUUAGUGACGAUUCAACAUGAUAUUUGAUUGGUAAGCCUGCACAUGGAUUAUUUAGAUGUAGGACUUUGUCAAUAAUAAUAAUAAUAAUAAUAAUAAUAUAUGGGACACCAUGAGUGCGCUGUUUGUCUAUUUAUUAUUUCCCUUCGUGUCUAAGAAUAGAUGUUGGUAUGUGACUCUUGUGGUAGCUUGUCUAUAUUACUGUUUAUGAUAUGGCGCUGACACAAAUUCUUCUUAAAGAUACUUAACAAUAUUUUUUAAACGUUUAUUAGAUAUAUUGAUACACUUCGGUCGACCGAAUUUAUAUAUAUAUAUUUAAAUUGCCUUCCCUUGUAAUAAAUAAAAUAUUUCCUAAAUGUAUAUCGAAGGCGCUUGUAUCGACUACGCAUUAUUUGUAACUGCAUUGAUAACCACAAACCCUCGUUGUUUUCAUGGCGUAAACAGUCCUAUAGGCUGCCAUAAACGUUAAUAGAUACAUAAAUAGCUGAUUUAAAAACAUAAAAUCAAUGUUAUCGGGUAAAUAGAUGCAUAUCUUUUUCUCUAGAAGUAUUUUCGAAUGGAAAAUAAAUGUUUUAGUGUUAGGACUUUGAUGUCGUGAUAGCUUACAAACUGUUUUGUGUUUAAAUGUACAGAGAAAUAUAUUGAAAUUGUUUCCAACGUCUGUCGUAUGUUUAUAAUGUAAACUAGCUCCGAAUAUGUGCUGCUCUUGUUUUUGUGUAACUCUCAUUUUAGACAUUCGACAUUACGACACUGUUCUACUACAAUAUUAUGACAAUUUCAUACAUGUUUUACACAUAAAAAUGCUGAAUGAAAUUCAAAGAAUGUUUAAGAGUUUUUGUGUGUAAAGCCCACGACAUGCGACUACAGUGAACUUGAUACUAUAUCUGAUGGACGCCUACCAAUUAUUACACAAGAAACUGCACUCUGUUAUUUUUGUCAUAUUCUUAAGAUAAUGUAAUGUUUAAUUUAGUUUUACCCUUUCCUUUUCAAUACUUUAGCUUACCUUCAUUGGAAUUAGGUACUUGUAGUAACAUGGUAAACAUUAAAUACAUGUCAACACGCAUAA